UCCAGGUCCAGGCAAGCUCCAUGGGGGAAAAAAAACCCGAGAGAGGAGACGAAUAACGGUACACUCCAGUAUUUAUGGAGCCGAUCCCCGCAUAUAACCGCAUCGCAUCUGCGUGUCCUCUCGUGAUGCAUACGUGAAUGAAUGUGUUUGGAGACGGACGCGGUGUACUGCGUGUUGGGGCUGACGAAAACAAGCGGUCCACCAUUGUCUGCGUAGAAAUAAGAAUGGCCUGGAUGUGGAAGAGGAAGUCGUUGAUCGCCACCAGUCUGAUUGUGGCGGUGUCGCUCUUCGUGGUCGUGGUGAACUACUCGGAGAAGCCCUACUUCCUCCUGCAGCCAGUGUUCGGACAGACGUUCAGCAGCCACUGGAUGUUCUCCAAGCAGCCGUACAAGGCCUUCAAGCCUCACCUAGGCUAUGUCAGCAUCCCCAAACAGGAGCCUCUGAAGCUGCACUGCGAGCUCUGCAGCAUCGUGUCCAGCUCUGGUCAGAUGUUGGGCCAGGCUGCCGGCCCACAGAUCGACCGCUCUCCCUGCAUCUGGCGGAUGAACAACGCUCCCACACGGGGCUUUGAACAUGACGUGGGCCAGCGGACCACGCUCAGAGUCGUCUCACACACCAGUGUCCCCCUGCUCCUGCAGAAGCCCCAGUACUUCUUUGGCCAGGGCAACGACACCGUCUACGUUGUGUGGGGGCCACUACGAAACAUGAGGAAGGACGGGAAGGGCAUCGUGUACAACAUGCUGCGACAGGCAGCUGAGAACUACCCUCAUGCACGCAUCUAUGUCACCACAGAGGACAGGAUGAACUACUGCGACAUGAUUUUCAAGAAGGAGACGGGAAAGGACAGGAUCCAGUCCGGCUCCUACCUCAGCACUGGCUGGUUCACACUCAUCCUCGCCAUGGACAUGUGCAAAGAGAUCCAUAUCUACGGCAUGAUAAAUGACACCUACUGCAAGACAGAGGGUUACAGAAAGGUUCCCUACCACUACUACGAGGCGGGCAGCCGGGACGAGUGUGCAGAGUAUCUGCUCCAUGAGAGCGCCCCCUAUGGUGGGCACCGCUUCAUCACCGAGAAGUCCGUGUUCUCCAAGUGGGCCAAAACUCACGCCAUCAAGUUCUUCAACCCACCGUGGCAGCUGUCGUGACCCCGGCUGAACGGACAUGGAGAUAUGACACCAUCAUCAUCAUUGUUGUCGUCCUCAGGGGACCAGCUGGAUCUCUACACUGGCAGAAAACGUGUUCCCUGACGUGUACACACAUCCAUAUUGGCACAAAUUCCAUUUCAUAUCCAUUAAAAAAGGUUGGUUGAUGGCUGCUUGUCAAGCCCUGGAUGGCUAAUAUCCAGGAAGUGCUUGUUUGUUUAUUUUGACAGCCACUCAGACAUACAGAGGUUUGACCAUCAUGGACAGCAAAAACAUAUCUCCUGCUUCUUGAAAACACUUUUCCUCCUGAGUUUGAGAGCUGAAGAAAGUGCUCAGCACGCUGCUCUUCACUGACUAAUCGAUCCGUUCGCUGCUCUGUGAGUUUAGCAAAGGAUGGCUCGAAGACUUACUUGAAAAAAAAAACGGAGAAAACAACAGGAAGAAGAAACAACCAUCUGUCAACUUUCAGUGACCUCAGCGGCUCACAUGUCUGCAGGCGCUGCACAUCGCAAAGGCUGAAUUAAAAAUGUUUUUCAGGACUGUAGCUGAAGAAGAGCUCAGCUGCCGCAGAGACGAGUCUCGUUGCCAUGGACGCCUGGCGAGCUCGCCUACUCUGUUUCCUCUGCAUGUCUGUCUCCAUCUGACAGGCUGUAAUUAAUCUAUAAGGAGUAUCAUUCAGGCCUUCAUCUCUGACUGAGGGACUAUUGAAAACAGGUUUCAAUUAAGUUUCCCCUUCUAAAAAAGCUUCAACAAAAAAGGCUGAGAAAGAAAAAACAGCAAAAUAAAAACAGAUUUCAGUUCAUAGUAGAAGGUGAGCCACAGUUGUAGAUAUGAAUCAGCUUUUUUUUAAUCAUUAUCCUUGGUUGUUAUGCCGUGUGUAAACUAACACAACUUAAGGAUGUCAGCUUUUUUUAUUUUUUUUUUAAUAAUGCUGUGAAAUUUUAAGAGACAUGUUUUGGCUUUGUCUGAAUAGGUUGCUAAUUUAUUCAGCAGAGAUAGAAGCUCCUAACGCUCUUAAACAAUGUGCCAUUGAAAAUGUGAGCAUCACAGCACAUAGAGCAAUGUGCAAUUAGAAACUCCACACUUACGGAAGGAGUUAAAUCAUUUGUGACCCCGCAGAGGGAGAGAUUUAUGUGUGCAGUGAAACCAUUUGAAGUUAAUUGUAUUCUAUUAUCAUUUUGUGCCUGCAAUAUACUCUGCAGUCCAUUGUAUAGAGACAGAGGGAGAUGCUCUCUCUCACGCUCGCUCAUAUUCUCAUCCAGCUUUGUGCCUCUUUGUGUACAGUAUCACUGUGUGAACACAUCUCCCCAUUUGUCUUUGAAAGCAGCGUGCGUGUCUCCUGGUUCAGGUCAUUACAUUUGAAUGCAUCUGUUCCAGGACAGUGAAGAAUAAUCAGUGAAGUGCUGAGGUGUGUAGGUUGGCUGGUAGCUGUGGAGGGUUGAAACACUCUGGCUGUGACCGUGACUCCUCUUCCCCCCCUUGAGGCUGUGAUUAGUGUCCCGGUCAGAGUCGCGGCCCAGAGGGGAGGACUGGAAGGAUUCAGAGACUUCUAAUUUAGGCGACUUGAUGCACAGGGUCCCUGACGACUGUAAUAAACUGCAGCUGAGCUUCACAAUCUCACUCCGACUGCACAGCACUGUUUACUAUCACACAUAGGCACUCCAUUUUGGGCUCUUUCUCAGUAAGCAGCAUUGAUUUGGUGAUUUACAGGUCAAAAGACAUGUAGGUUAAAGCUGCCUUUUGGAUGUCCUGGCAGGGACGUAGCCACCAUGGAGGACUCUGAAGUCAUGUCCUUUGUAUUUGUCGGUGAAUAUCAGGGUUUUAGCAACUUGGGAUUUUACAUAAUGUAGUGUGGUGAGAAUUAUAAGCCAAUUACAGAAUUAGUAUGUUUGGACUUUUUUAGGCCAAUGAAUAAAUACAGUUUUCAGCAUUUAUCCCCCAGAAUAGCAGUUCAUGGCAGCAUGGAAAAGGCUUUGGAAUAUUACUUAGAUCUUCGUGUUGGGAAGGGAAAUUUACCAGAGGUAUAAUUAAACAGCUGAACAGGACCUUGUGCGCCACUCAGAGCAUAUCUAUAGCCCACAAUAGGGCCACGACCAAGACCCUUUAUUUGCUUUUCUGUACAGAACCAAGUGAUUUCAGAUUGCAUGCCGGUGUUAUGGAAGUAAAAGAGGUGCGACGGGAGUGAUGUGUAACAGAGCAGCGUCGGCCUCUGGUGUGACAUAACACACGCAUCAGGCAACACUUUCUAAUCUGUGAAAAUGACAUAAUACAUCAUAACAACCAUUUAGUGUUCUUAUUAUACCACAGUUGAUCUCGUCCUGUGCUCAGAGGGUAAGGAGCUCCCGGAUCUAAUUGUCUUCCCAAUUUGUGGACAUUCUCACCUGCUGUUCUUCUCCGAGUUAGCUGCUAACUGCUUCUAACUGCUUUUAAAUCACCCGGCGGUGGGUCGCAGACAUGGCAUACUGUCGAAACAUCACAGCUGUCCCGUCCUGCCGGCUGUCCCUUUUACACAGACAUUUAUUCAGUUCUGUUAAUACCUCCUCUGCUGGCCUAAAGGUGAGACAACUCUGUCCUGGGACAGGAUUGCCUGCACACGGUCUGUCUGUCUGUCUGUUAACAUGGAGAUUUCUGAGCUGGCAGUUAGCAGCUAACAGUACUAACUCAACAAACAGUGCUAACAGACGAAACAGUGCCGACAGAGCUAACUUUGUGACAGGAGAAAUCAGAGAGUGGGCUCUACAUUUUGGCGGCGACACCAUCCCGAUAUUAAAGGUAACCAUGUAAAGAGUCCAGUGCAGAGCAGCGGUGAUUAGAUGAACAUGAAUGUGCUGCUAGACAAUCUACCACUACAAAGAACAAAGAAGCUCAAAAUUACAACACACAUACAGAGGGAGCAUGACUUCAUUCUCUGCUCAGAACGCCAUUACUCCACUAUAUCUGUACUUAGCAAAUAGUUUGCUGCUAUAGUAAUGCUCUGAAUGUCGUAUGCAGCUCCUUUAUUUGAAAAGAUAAUAACAUUACCCUGUUUCUGGUUUUUGGUCAGAGUUAUUUGAGGAUGGCAGGGUGUGUUUAGGGGACUUAUGAUCUCAGUAUUUCUAAAAUUCUGGCUACAGUCCCAUGUCUACGUCACACGUAACUAUUGUUUCAACAACAUUCAGAUGAUCGUGAAUUAAAGUCUAAAAUUCAAUGCAAACCAGGUCCUAACAAGGCAUAUGCAAAAUAAUAUUAAAAUACAUUUUUUAAACUGGGUUGGAAAAAAUGAUAAAACAUAACAGAGACAUCUAAAAAAAACUAGCCCCUGUCCCCUGCACAGACUCUCAAGACCCCGGGAACCUUAACUCUUCCUUCAGGAAACAGGGUCUACAUUAAGUCCUGGCCACCAAAAAGUCUCUGCUCUGU